AUGGCGAGAACACGAGCGACAGCAGCUAGAGGUAGAGGUGGAGGCAGAGGAGCUGGCAGAGGGACAGCCCCAGCUGGGGGAGGCAUCCCAGUGGUUGACCCCGUACCUCCAGUGUUUCCCAACGAGGCAGCGGGAGAUGCAGCCGCACCAGCCCAACCAGCAGCAGUGCCAGUUCCACCAGGAGCUGCGGCUACUCAGGGUAUACCAGACGCUAUGGCACAGGUGCUGAAUUGGUUACAUGGGUUAGCACAGGCCGGAGCUAUACCAGCUGGUCCAGCAGGUAAGGGUGCAGGGGUAGCAUCCCCAGGUCCGGACAGAGCACAGUCUCCGGGGGUUUAG